UGAUCUUCCCGAACGUCCGCUUUUCUGUUUUCUUCCGGGCUGCAUUGAACCUCUUCAGCUGCCGUAAGCAGUGGGUCGAAAGUGCUGAUCAAAAUGGAAGUGAAUCCCCCCAAACAGGAGCACCUGCUGGCCCUGAAAGUGAUGCGGUUAACUAAGCCUACUUUAUUCACCAAUAUUCCAGUAACAUGUGAAGAAAAAGACUUACCUGGAGAUCUCUUUAACCAACUCAUGAGAGAUGAUCCUUCAACUGUAAAUGGUGCAGAAAUUUUAAUGUUGGGAGAAAUGUUGACUUUACCACAGAAUUUCGGGAAUAUAUUUUUGGGAGAGACCUUUUCCAGUUAUAUCAGCGUUCAUAAUGAUAGCAAUCAAGUUGUAAAAGAUAUAUUAGUAAAAGCUGAUCUUCAGACAAGUUCUCAGCGUUUAAAUCUUUCAGCCUCCAAUGCUGCAGUGGCUGAACUUAAACCUGAUUGUUGUAUUGAUGAUGUCAUACACCAUGAAGUAAAGGAAAUUGGAACACACAUCUUGGUGUGUGCAGUGAGCUAUACAACUCAGGGUGGAGAAAAAAUGUAUUUUAGAAAAUUCUUCAAAUUUCAGGUUCUCAAACCAUUGGAUGUGAAAACCAAAUUUUACAAUGCAGAGAGUGACCUCAGUUCUGUGACUGAUGAAGUAUUUCUCGAAGCCCAGAUUCAGAAUAUUACAACCUCACCCAUGUUUAUGGAGAAAGUUUCAUUGGAACCAUCAAUAAUGUACAAUGUAGCAGAAUUAAACUCAGUCAGCCAAGCUGGAGAAUGUGUAACUACGUUUGGGUCAAGAGCAUAUUUGCAGCCCAUGGAUACACGCCAGUAUUUGUACUGCCUAAAACCCAAGAAGGAGUUUGCAGAAAAAGCAGGCAUCAUUAAAGGAGUAACAGUAAUUGGAAAAUUGGAUAUAGUGUGGAAAACAAAUCUAGGUGAAAGGGGAAGAUUACAGACCAGCCAACUUCAGCGAAUGGCUCCAGGUUAUGGAGAUGUUAGAUUGUCUUUGGAGGCAAUCCCAGAUACCGUAAACCUAGAAGAACCUUUUCAUAUUACCUGUAAAAUAACAAACUGCAGCAGUGAAAGGACUAUGGAUCUGGUUUUGGAAAUGUGCAAUACCAAUUCUAUCCACUGGUGCGGCAUUUCAGGAAGACAGCUUGGGAAGCUGCAUCCUAGUUCCUCCCUCUGCCUUGCCCUCACUCUGCUGUCCUCAGUACAGGGACUGCAGAGUGUCUCCGGCUUAAGACUAACAGACACGUUCUUAAAGAGAACAUAUGAAUAUGAUGACAUCGCACAGGUCUGUGUGGUAUCUUCGGCCAUUAAAGUGGAGAGCUGAAGAAGAUUUCCAAUGUUAUGCUUUUCAUUGAAUUUCACAGAACUUUUUGUAUUUUUGUCACCUUUGUGAAAUGAUCAAGUCUACAACAAAAAUAAGUACCUAUUAUUUAAAUUUCUUUUCUGCCAAAGUUAAAAUAUUAAAUACUUGUGUUGAAAAGAACCAUCUACAGAUUUUAUCUCGUGAGUUACAUUCUGAAUGGACAUUUGUACAUUUUCUACACUCAGCCUAUUCCAUUUUUAGAUAACCAUUGGACUUUGUUCUCCAAAAGCUCUGUAUUUGAGGCUGUUUGUCCCUAGCAAGUAUCUGGAAUGGGAGGUUAGCAAACAUUUUAUGUAAAGGGCCAGAUACUAAAUAUUUGUCUUUGCAGGAAAUGUGGUUUCUGUUGAAAAUACUCAACUCUGCUGUCAUAGUGGGUCAGCAGCCAGGAGGCAAAAAGAGCAGGCAGUAUUUACAGAAACAGGCAACUGGCCAGAUUUGGCCUGUAGGCCAUCAUUUGCUGACCUUGGUCUAAAAGAUACAGUUGUUUAAAACUUUCGACUCUUAUACUUUAUUUAAGUUUCCAAUUAACCCCAGUUUUUUUCCUAACUCCUCAGUCAGCAGAAAAAGCUUAAGACAAAGGGAGUAGGGCUCAUGUAACCUUAUAUUGCUAACACAGUAUGAGUUCUCCUCAGUUUUCAGUUAUUCUGUUUGUAUGUACCUAUGUUUGUAGUUACAUAUUAACCUACAUGGUCUAAAUUUCAGUUACUAACAGCAGAUCAGAAUUGGUUUAAUUUCUUGGAUUGUUGAUUACUCUGUUAACUUUUAACUAAGAAUCCUGAUAAUUUUCUAAUUCUAAGCCAAAAAGUCCUGGUUUGUUUUUUUUUUCCACAUUGAAAAAUAAGCUCCUUAUUUUCAUAAGGCAUGUUUAAAGGAUUUCCACCUCUGCUAUUUGAUUUUGAACUCUACAUCAUGUAUUAAUACUAUAAGACUGUCUCUGUA